AUGGGCAACCGUCUCCGCAUGAACUCGUUUAAGCCUUCCCAGGUUGCUUAUCGGGCGGCAUUGCAUCAGACAACAUGUGAGCCGCCAGGGCAACCCCACGUUGCGCAUCUCGUCCCUCUGUGGACUCUUGAACUGUGGACUCUACCUUACCUUACCGUCUACGGAUACGGGAUAGGUAUGGAACAACACGCACUUAUCCAUCCCGAUGGAACCAAUAGAACAUGUGUUCUACCUGACUAUCUCUAUCUCGAUUUCACCCCUCCCCCUCCCUCCACAUCCCACCUCCAAGCGCAGAACUCCCAGCGCCGAGAAUCCCCAACCAUGGCCGUCCACAACACCAUUGACCAAGAGUUCCCCUGCUCAUUAACAAUCAACGUCCCCUUCCCGACCCCGCGCCUAGCCACCGUUGCGCACAAAGCCCUCGCCGUCGACCAAGAACUGUCUCCCCUCGUCCGUCGCACCUUCUCCAUCGAUUCCGACUCACCGAGUGACGCCGGCGCCGACGCUGCUUCCGUCCUGCGCGUACACUACAAGGCCACCACAAACCGCAUGCUUCGCGUGGCCGUCAAUGGCCUCAUGGAGAGCCUGAACCUCGUUGUCGAGGUCAUGGAGGAGCUGGAUGUUGAUGUUUUGGAACACAACCGGGUCUCUUCGCAAUAA